AUGAAUACCAAUCAAACAAUUGAUAGUAAUAGUAUAACAGCUGAACAAAAUAUAUUUCUUACUGAUAGUUUACUGAAAAGAAUUCAAACUAAUAUACAUAAUUCACGUACUGGAGAACUUAUUGUUGGAAUUGUAUCUUAUUCAAUCAUUAUCUUGUUAAGUAUUAUUGGAAAUGUAAUUGUUGUUACGGCCAUAUGUCGUGUUCAACGACUUCGUCAUCCAACGAAUUUUAUACUUAUGUCACUUGCUAUUGCCGAUUUACUAGUUACAACAACAGUUAUGAUACCAGGAUUUAUAUAUAAAAUAAAACAAAAAUGGAUAUUUGGGCAAGUUUUUUGUAAUAUUUGGGUAGCAAAUGAUAUAACAUUUUGUACAGCAUCAAUUUUACAUCUAGUUGCUGUCAGUUUUGAUCGAUAUGUUGCUAUUGAAAAUCCACUUAAAUAUAAACAAAAAAUGACUAAAGGAAUGAUUUUUAUUAUAAUCGGUUGUAUUUGGUUGAUAAGUGUUCUUCUUUCUUAUGGACCUGUUUUAUUGGGUGUUUAUAGUCAAUCAAAAACUACUGGUAAUUUAUCAAAUUCUACUGAAUGUGGUAUGAGACCAAAUCGUAUUUAUUCGAUAAUAUCAUCGUCAACAUCAUUUUAUAUUCCACUUAUAAUUAUACUUUUUCUUUAUGGUCGAAUAUUUAUAACAGCACGAAAACAUUCACAUGAAUUACAAAAACUUGAAAAUAUAAUUAAGCGUUUACAUAGUAAUGACAAAUUUGUAUUUGAAAAUGCUAAAUGGAAUAAAAAUAUCAAAGCUAUAAGAACAUUAGGUAUCGUUGUUGGUGUAUUUGUUGUUUGUUGGUUACCAUUUUUUGUCAUGUAUCUUCUAUUGGCUUAUUGUGAUUAUAAAUGUGUUAGUCCACAUGUAGAACUUUAUAUUACAUGGAUUGGUAAGUUGCCAUUAGUUUCCUUUAAGAAAUAUAUAUCAAUGUAUUUAGGUUAUGCGAAUUCGUUUUGUAAUCCAGUAAUUUAUGCUUUUUCAAAUAAAGAAUUUCGAAAUGCUUUUUAUGAAAUUCUUCAUUAUAAUAAUUGUAAAUGUUUUCUCUUAUCAUCCAAAUAUAAAAUUCGUACAUCACUUAGUAAAUCUACUUAUUCAAUAAAUACAAAAUUUACACCACAACCACAAUCACGACAACCAAGUUUUACACCAUAUUUAAAUCAAAUGCAACGUAACGGACAUCUACAUAAUGAAAUAUAUUUACCUAAAAUGUUAAAUAAAACGAAAAAAAGUGAUAGUACUGAUACAUUUGAAAUGAAAACAUUUACAAGUCAAAGUCCAACAUUGGAAGCGUUUAAUGAACUUGAACAUCUUGUGUCAAAUACUAUUCCUGAUCGAGUAUCCAUUGCUGAAAUGAGUUCAUUACUUUAUGAUCAAGAUGAUGUAGCAGUCGAAAUACCAGUUAAUAGAAAAUCAACAACUACAUUACAAAUAAAUCAUUCUUGA